GCAAGAGCCAUCGCCAAAGUACCACGGGCCUGCGAGAGCGCUUGGGACGUCUCCCGUUGGCGUGGAAGCGAACGCAAAUAAACAGAAAAAAGGAGAUCAAGACACGCUUUAAAUGUAGACCUAUAUGCCAUAGGAGGUUUUCACUUCGGGCACGUUCCAGGAGUCUCCUGGCUGCGCAUUCCUCCACGCACAGCCAGGCAGGGACGGGUUACCAACGGGCUGCCUUCGAAAAGAGCACCAGGCGGCCUCUUCAGACGCUGCACCGAUGAAUUUACUCACGGACUCCGCGUAAACGUCCUCUCCCCUUGCUCCUGUUUGUUUAUGGCGCCUCAAUGACUCGCUCCACACUGUGGGAUCUGCGCUUUGAUGAAUAAUUUACAAUCCCCGCGGAUCGUGGCAAGCGCUGCAACUAUCAACUGAAAACAGGCUGCGCGUAACGCCGCGUGAACCAACACCGAUGGUGGACUAGACCUGAAACGCCUCAACGAGACGGGCUUAAGCUGGAGAAGAACUGUAUAUUAUGAUUAGUGGCCUAGAUAUUUGAAAUACAGAGCCCUGUAGUCAUGUCGAAAAAUCGGUGGGGGAGGAGAGACGUAGCCCCCCGUACUUCUGCACAGAUCCAGUGCCACUACAAAUUCUGUCGGAUCUUAUGAGUUUCAAACGAGUGCACACCGCCUGUUGUCAUUUGGUUAUUUUUUUAGAGCCUUUCUUACACAAAGCCUUACCAAACACAGUUAAAAUAGACAUUUAAAUGGUCUGCUGUAUGUGUAGAAAGUCCAAAAAGUGUGCAAUUAACUAGAAUUGUCUAUCACUUGUUUGCGUUUUGCCAGAGAUCUAUAAGCUGCAGAUCCGUAUCCGUAUGACUCAAUCCACCGUUUCCACUGUUUAAACUUAAGUACCUCAAGAAUCUACCUCAAGCACCAAUUGAAUUUAUAGACAACACUGCGGACCCAUGUGUCCUCAAAUGAAUACCUCAGCAACAUUGAUGUUAUAAACUGAGCCUGCGUUUUGCUGCAGAUGGCUUCGUUUCCAGACUCAGAGCUGCAGACAUGCCCACUCUGCAAGGAGCUGUGUGGCUCCUCUGCACCCAUCUCCUCCAGUUCUUCUACCUCAUCUUCCUCCUCACAUACCUCAUCCUCCUCCUCUCAGACCACCAGGAGGCUGCACGUCUUACCCUGCCUCCAUGCCUUUUGCAGGCAGUGCCUAGAGGGACAGCGAAGUCCUGGAGACCCGCUCAAGCUGCGCUGCCCCACUUGUGACCAGAAGGUGUCUAUCUCUGAAGCUGGUGUGGACUCCUUGCCUUCUUCCAACUUUCUUUUCAGCAACUUGCUUGAUGUGGUGGUAAGCUCAGAGGAGCAGAUCCAGAACAAGAAUGGUCAUCAUCACCGUGGUCUGGGCAGCUGCUCCUCCAGCUUUCCUCACCCACACGGAGGCCUUCUGAACCACCUGGCUGAGCCUCAGUGCAGCUCCUGUGAUGAGGAGAACCCAGCCACGUCUCACUGCCUUGACUGCCAGGAGUAUUUGUGCGACAAUUGUGUGCGAGCACAUCAAAGAGUGCGACUGACUAAGGACCACUUCAUUGAACGCUUAGGAGAGAGUCUCCAUUUAGGAAGAGCCAAUGCUAACAGCAACCCAGGCCAGACAGGAGUGGCUGUGUCUCUUGCCCAGUCCCUUCAGAAUAACUUUGCCCUACUAUCCCUCUUCCAGGACCGCAUGAGCUUCUGCCAGCACCAUGACAAUGAGGUGUUCUUGUUCUUCUGUGAAUCGUGCUCUGUGCCAAUCUGUCGCGAGUGCAGCGUGGGGCGUCACAUGGGCCACACGUUUGUGUACCUCCAGGAUGCUGUGCAGGACUGCAGAGCAAUCACCAUCCAGCUGCUGUCAGACGCACAACAGGGACGGCAGGCUGUGCAGCUGAGCAUGGAGAAGGUCCAGUCCAUGGCUGAGCAGGUGGAGAUCAAGGCCAAGGUGGUGCAGACUGAAGUGAAGGCUCUUGUUCUAAGACACAAGAAAGCACUCGAGGAACGGGAGUGUGAACUACUGUGGAAGAUUGAGAAGAUUCGUCAGGUGAAGGCCAAGUCAUUGUACCUUCAGGUGGAAAAAUUACACCAAAGUUUGACCAAACUGGACAGCACUAUUGCUGCUGUCAGCCAGGUACUGGAUGAAGGACGUCAUCUUGACGUGCUGUUGGCAAGAGAACGCAUGCUCUCACAGAUCCAUGAGCUCAAAGCUCUUAGAGGCCUACUUCAGCCACAGGAGGAUGACCGCUUCAUGUUCACACCUCCAGACCAAGCUCUUUACAUAGCCAUCCAAUCCAUGGGCCUGAUCAGCAGUGGAGCAUUUGCCCCAGUUACUAAAGCCCAUGGAGAAGGUCUGAAAAGCGCGCUCCGGGGCAAGCCUGCUUCCUUCACUGUUAUUGGAUAUGAUCAUGAUGGUGAGCCACGCCUAUCUGGUGGGGAUGCUGUGUCUGCUAUCAUCAUGUCUGCUGCAGAUGGAAACCUGUCUGCAGCUGAGGUGACAGACCACCUGAAUGGCUCGUACACAGUGGGCUACCUGCCCAAAUGUGAGGGCGAGCACCUUGUCUCUGUGCUUGUGUGUAACCAGCACAUUCAGGGGAGCCCCUUUAAAUUGAUGGUGAAAUCUGGGCGUUGCUAUGGGACAUUAGGUUCUCAAGUGUCAUCUUUCGGUUGUGAGGGGGAAGGAGACGGCCAGUUAUGCCGGCCCUGGGGCAUCAGUGUGGACAAGGAAGGCUAUGUUGUGGUAGCAGAUCGCAGCAACAACCGUAUACAGAUAUUCAAGCCUUGUGGUGCAUUCCACCAUAAGUUUGGUUCUCUGGGUUCUCGCCCUGGUCAGUUUGAUCGUCCAGCUGGGGUUGCUUGUGACAGUCAGAGACGAAUCAUUGUGGCUGAUAAAGACAAUCACCGUGUUCAGGUGUUUACUUUUGAGGGCCAGUUCCUGCUAAAGUUUGGGGAAAAGGGCACAAAGAAUGGGCAGUUCAACUAUCCAUGGGAUGUGGCUGUCAAUUCUGAGGGUAAGAUCCUUGUGUCCGAUACCAGGAACCACCGUGUGCAGCUCUUCGCCCCUGAUGGCUCCUUCCUCAAUAAGUAUGGCUUUGAGGGGGCUCUGUGGAAACACUUUGACUCUCCCAGAGGAGUGGCCUUUAACCAUGAGGACCAUCUGGUGGUGACCGACUUCAACAACCACCGCCUCCUGGUGAUCCGACCCGACUGCCAAUCUGCCCGCUUCCUGGGCUCCGAGGGCACAGGGAACGGGCAGUUUCUUAGGCCCCAGGGUGUUGCAGUGGACCAGGAGAACCGCAUCAUUGUGGCUGACUCUCGCAAUCAUCGCAUACAAGUGUUUGAGCCCAAUGGAAAUUUCUUAUGCAAAUUUGGCACACAAGGGAGUGGUUUUGGACAGAUGGACCGACCCUCUGGUGUAGCGGUGACACCCGAUGGAGUCAUUGUAGUUGUAGACUUUGGAAAUAAUCGUAUUCUCAAAUUCUAAGAAGUUUUAUUUUUACAUUCUCGUCCUCUGUUUUGCCUUUUACAGUUGAUGAAGGAAAUGGAGGACAGAGAAUGAAUCAACAGACAGAACAGAAGGAGAGCUCAGCCAGGAUUCAGAGCAUGUUGAAGUGAGGGGAGUUUUAUACAAAGGCAAGAGCUUUUGCCUUUAUACUGACAUUUUUUUAAUCAGCUGUCAAAAUGACAAAAUGAUAAUCAGUCUAAAUAGAGCCAUUUUCCUUCCCUCAGGCUGCCCUGAAUCCUCUCUGCAAGCUCUCCUUAGGUUUCAUCUCAGGGAUUUUCUCACUUUUUCUUGAAAUCUUGUAUCCUCUGCUCCAUACCUACCUCAUUUAGCUCUUUAUGAAUGUACUCAUAGUCAACGAGCAGAGGUUUAGUCCGUGAAGUUUUACAAAGAAGAAAAGUCUACCUCUAUACUAUUUAAGAGAGACAAAAUGGACUCUUCAGUUGAAAUUUGCACAGGAUUGAUGGAAUUUUGCUGUGCAUAGAGAUGAGAACCGUGAACCUCCUGAAUGUUGUUGCUGAGACAAUACUCAGACCGCUGUAGAGGCUGCAUGAUUCAUUAUUAGAAGGCUUUGCUGGGAGAGGAAACUAGUGUAUAGAGGUUUCCCUUAAAAUCUGUAGUUCUUUUUUGUUUUUUUAGAUAGUGCAUCAAGUUUUGCCUCCUUGUUGAUCUAAGGAGUUUGAGGCUUUAGUGGAAUGAGAGUGCAAAACGAUGCCAAACUUAAUAAAAUCUAAAUUAGCUCAGGUCAUACAGGACUGGAAAAUGGCACAGUCCGUUUCAGGCACCCGCCCAUAGCAUUGCUGGUUUAUAACCUUAGAAUAUGCUAUGCUAGAUGAAUUUAUUAUGAGCAAAAUUGUUCAAUAAAAUUGUCCCUAUUUGAAGAUUAUUUUAAUCAAUAUUAGAAUGUUCCUCAUAUUCCCUUAUUACCCCAAGAAUAACUUACAGGUUUGCAUAAUUUAAAGUCACUUAAACAAGUAAAAUGCAAACAACAGUAUGCACAAAUGCAGUUUUCUCUGAAUAAGAGAAUCCACCAAAACGUUUAGAUUAACUAUCCAGGAGUAAUUUAAUCUUGUUUUAGAUAUUUUAUCAAAUUGUUAUUACACUAUUUUGUUUGAGGAAUCUAGUGGGACAAGGGUCUCAAAUACAUGAUGGAAAAGCAAAAUGGGCAAUGUGUCAAGGGACCUCAUCUUAAAGGUUCACAUUAUCAUUUAUGGACCCUUGCUUUAAAAGCUGCUCCCUUGGGCCCCUGUUGUGGCCCCAACUCUUCUGUUUGAUCAUGCUGAGAGCUGAAUUGGCCUCUCAUGUUGGGGCACAGGUAGAUUUCUCCUUUUAAAGAAGGAGGUCUGUAGAACAACUACUGUAGUCAACCAAAGUUGGGAUUUCUGCACAAUGGCCAAUCCUAGAUUUGGCAAUAAUGGAAACUAGAAAUCCCCUUAAAAUGUUUUCAAAGUAAUCAUUGUUGGGAUGUCCAAUGUUCCUUGUAGUUUAAAUUCACAUCUGAUCUGAAGUAUUUAGCAGUUUAGUUUUCAAUCUUCAUAAAUAUUUCUAUUGUCAACAGAGUACACCCAAACCAAAGAAAGCCUUGCCCUCUAUCUCACUUCUUCCACUGAAUAAACUGUCCAUAGGCUCAAGGUAGCAACUUUUGUUAUCCAAUAAAAUAUCAGUAAAGUUCUCUUAUCAGGUCCUUCUCUCCCUUUUGUUAUGAGGGUCAAAUCCCUUCACAAUCCAUUUGAUCAAUGUCCCAUAGAAAGUACUAAACAAUUAACUUCUUCCUGACCUAGCAAGGAAUCUUGGGACCUAUGAAAAGAGUUUCCAACAGGCUUCCAAUGAUUUGGAAAGACCUGUCUGCACAUGAAUGGGAUCAGCAUCCUCACAUCCCAGCCACCCAGACCUCAACAGUCUUUCAACAACCUCAUGUAAUUUAUGAAUACCUCAAGUAGACUCUGUCACACAGAGCUACUGUGUCAACAUUCAGAUGUGUUUAAUGUGUUUGUUUCAUGUACCUCAUUCUUUAUACCUCAGUUGUACUUAUAUUUUUACAUACCUCAUUAGACUAUUUAUACAUUACAAAUACUAGUAUACUUAAUUGUGUUACUCUUACUGUGCAGUACAUGUCUCAAAGCUCUCGGACCAAAGAUCAUGGUACUGUUUAAAAGUGCAUCAGAAGAUGUUCUUGAUUUACCCCUCCACACUUCAUCCAUGUAUAUGCAUGGUGUGCUCAGUCUGCUGUCAGUUGCCUGGUUAACUUUGCCUUUAUCAUUAACAAACCAAAUAUUUUCCGUUUUGAGCAUUGUGCCAAAAUGAUCUGUGUGAGUUCUGUGCCAAACAGUGUUGGCAUUUGAACGCUGUGAUUAAGCACAGGUGUCACUGGACAGUUUCUCAUCUGUUGAAUCAGAGCACUGGGAUACAUCAGCCUCUGUUCAGAUGCACUUAAGAGGGCUGGGCCCUUGUUAUCUUGACCUCAUAACCAUGUGACCUCAGAAUUCCACUGUUACUGUGUGCAUAGAGGUUAGAGAAGAGGAUGCCUCUAUUUAAAGAGUUAAAACUUCAUUUUUGCUUUUGAAGGCAGUGCAGUUAGCUUCACUCUCAGCACAAUAUGGUAUAUCCCAAUUACAGUGGAUUUAAAAUGCUUAGUGUCUGAAGGCGAAAGAAAAUAGAUGUGUGUUUUAAAAACAACAUUGCAUUAUACUUAGCAUGUUGACAAAUGGCUGGUUCAAUAUUUGGAGCUUUAGCACAGUAAACCAGCCUUCGGUCCACAGAUUCUGCUGCUUUGAUCCCAACACAUGUUCAUUCAUACCUCAGUUUGAUUUCAGUAUUACUCUGUUAAAUAUGUCCAUUCAUGUUUGCAGCAUUUUUUUUUUAAGAUUGCAGAAAUCUAUCUAUCUAUCUUUAAGAUCUUUAGGUCUUCACUCUUAAAGAGCAAAAAUAUAUUUUAAACCUUGUUUGUUCCAUAUUUUGCAUGCUUUAAAAGUCCUUGUAUAAUACUGGUGUCUCUUUGAUGGGUGUUAAACUGAUAGGGUUAAAAGCUGGCUUUUGGAAUGGUUUUACCAAAUUAUAUACCCAAAGAUGUUUAAGUGUGUUAGUGUUGGAUGGAAUUAACCUUUGACCUUUGCGAUUGUAUUUCCUAUUCUCUUGAGACUCUGCAGAGCACAUGCCUCUUUCUUGACACCUGGCAGGGUUUUGAUACAUGCAGAAGGCCUUGUGCUUCUGAGCAUUAGUACUAAACUAAUAUGAGUAGAUCUAUGGACAUGUUGACUGUUCAUUCAUUGUUUGCUCUGAAACUUGUUAUAACAUUCUUUGAAUAUAUCAUUGAACAUCUUUUGCUGAGUUGGAAGCAGCCAUGUAACUACAGCAGUAACUACAGCAGUAACUACAGCAAACACUCAAUCAGCCUGUCUUCAGGGUUCAAAUCAGAUUGGUGGUGAUGACCGCUCAGCUUCAGUUAGUUAACUGCACUCCUGCUGAGUGGAUUUUAAUCAGGAACUUUGUCCAUCAUUUUAUUUCAGCCCUCAAAUGGCUUUAAGAGAAAAAAAGCAAACUGCACCAGGUUAUAUGUGCAAGGUCUUAGACCUUAUAAUGAUUGUAUGCCGAAAAAGUUUGGAAAAAAAAAAAAAAAAAAAAAACUCAGGUAGAUCUUGGCAGCCCUGCCCUGCAGCUGUCUCAUUAAAACAUUGUGUCCCAUAGUGAUGUUGUAGUGUUUUUCCCCUGUACUAGUCCCUCUGUGUGUCCAUUUACAUAUAAGAUUAUUUCCCAAUCUUCAAUGCUUUUUGAUUAGUUCCCUUGAUUUAAUAUUUUUGCCAAUGUUUUCUUUCUACCAGAAGUACAAAUACAAAACACCACUUGAUGCUCAUGAACUCUUUUAGAAUGUAUUUUGUGAAGAAAAGGGUUUCAUGAGCUCUUGUUGAUGCACACUCGGCUAACACAAGAAUAGGCCCUCAGCUCAGGAGUGGACAGGUGGUUCUGUGCCCAGACCCUGGUGCUGAAUGAGCGGCACUACCACCCUGCAGGAGCCUGGGCACACUGGCACAUGUCCCUCUUGUGUUGUUGACCUGUUGACACUUUUUUAUGUUAAGUGUGGGUUUUGUGUGUGCGCUGCAUCUGUGUUGUCCGAGCAGAAAUCCACUGAAUGUAUACUCCUCACAGUCCCAAGAGGCGGGAGGCGCAGUGUGGCCAGUGGCUGAGUUUAGAUGGGUGCUGCUGGUGCUUUUCCCUGGGUAGUGUGUCUAUAUCAACUGACCAGUGUAUGAGCCAGCACAUGCCCUCCCUCUACAACACACACGGCUCUGGGGGAAGCACAACUGUUAGGUCUCCACUCUAAAUAAGGCAGAGGAGACUAUAAUACUUUGGCCACCUGCUGCUGUCCCUGUACUCUCUGGACUUUAAACAUUUCCUAUGCAGUUUUGUUUGUUUUUGUUUACACGUAAAUAAAGUUAUUCU